AUGAUAGCUAUUUCAUAUCUAUUAAUAUAUGACUUUGUUUCAACUAAAUUAACAGUUCCUGAAGUCUGGUCUAUGUUAGGAUAUGUAUCUGCAGCUUUAGCCAAAUUGUAAUAAUAGAAGCAGCACUACAAUAAUAUAAAUCCAAAGGGAAUCUUUAGAGUCUAUACAAUUGAAUAAUUGUAUGUAUAUAAAUUAGAGGAUCCUUUUCUAUUUCAUAAUUAAAUAAUGAAGAACUUUUGCAGUCCAAUAUUUUAUUACAGUAUACGUUUAGAAUUAUUUUAAAAUUACACUAAUUUGAUAAUAAUUAUAAGAUAUGAUUAACAAAGAGAAUUUAAAAAAUUAGAGAUUAAAAUGCUUAUCACUUUAUAAGACUCAUCCAGAACAUGA